AUGACAGAGCCUCAGAAUAGCAGGCCGAUUGGCCGCCGGAGACGACCGAGGGUUCCCGACGCUUUGCGGAAGAGGACCGCACGAGCAUGCAACCCAUGCAGAUAUCACAAAGAGAAAUGUCAGGGCGGGAUGCCUUGCUUGCGAUGCCAACGGUACAACAGAAACUGUCAGUACAGCCAGGCCCCUGCGCAACCAGCCAGUAAUGGCGCCACAAGAGCCAGCACCUCCCCACAACGGGACCCAAAUAAGGAGCGAUGUCUCGAAAGGAUAGUGCGCCAUUUCAUGGGCGAUAUUUCAUUCGAGCAAUCAAAUCUUCAAUUCGUAGCGGAUGCUCUGGAGAGGGACCGAGUAAGCUCAAGGAAGCCUUCCACCCUAGCGCCAGGGCCGAGUGAGCUCUAUUCCAUUCAUCCGCUUUCCACCAGUACGAUGAUCUACUCUGGGGAAUUCUCUCAUUGGAAUUUCUCACGGAUGAUCCGCCGAAAAUUACAAAGUCUGGGAAACGAUCCCGACGACAGCACGGAUCGGUAUCUAGAUAUCAACGACGCUGGCUGGAUCUGUACCCUUUUUAUGACGUUCGCAUCUGGGACUCAGUUCGCUUACAUGCAUGCCAGCCGACCCCCAUACUUGCAGAGUAUGUCCGGUGAAGAUCACCUACCUGAUGAUACCAUUGGUCUCGCGCUCUAUAGAUUCUCGUGCCGCCUAAUCCCCGAUCUUAUUACCACCGCCUCUGUCGAAACUGUCCAGGCGUUUUUGUUAUUCGGGGUUUAUACAAUGCCAAUUGAUACCUCCGGUCUUGCCUACACUUACCUUGGACUUGCCAUAAAAAUGGCUAUCCAGAAUGGUAUGCACCGUCAGUUUGGAGAGGAAAGUCUAGAUGCACGCACGAUUGAAUUGCGUAAUCGUCUUUGGUGGUCUGCGUACGCACUGGAUAGACGGAUCAGCAUCCUUCACGGACGCCCAGUCUCCGUGUCCCCAACUGAAAUAGACUGUGACAUGCCUAAAGACAUACCCGAAUUGCGUCCCUCGGGCCGAGUCACAAAUCUACCCAAUCUCACUGCCACUCUCCAGCUGACUGAGCAGCUUGCGAAAGUUGCACCCAUCAUAUCCCGGCUGCGAAAUUGUCCUGGGGAGCUACAUCAGAUCUAUCUUAAGCAGCUCCUACAUGUACGCGAUGAACUCAAGAGCUGGUGGGCCACCCUGCCCGAAGAUGUGCACUGCCGGGACCUUGAUCCCUCCAAGCCGCUUUUCCGCUAUAAUGUCCACUUGGAACUGACAUACGCUACCAUAAUCAUGUACCUGGGCCGUCCCCUGAUUCUUGCCGGCACGCCAAGCUCAUUGGCCUCUGCUGAGGGCGGCUCCGACUCAGCCGUAGAUACCGGUGCAAUGUUGUGUUCUGACUGCGUUCAGGCUGCGCUCCGAAUCGUCGAGCUAUGUCAAUUACUACAGGACACUGUCGGUGUAGCACGAGUUUCGUAUACUGAAUUUAGCUCCUGCCGUGCGGCGCUCUUGGCUAUUAUCGCCCAGAGCUUGAAUACACGAACGGGGCGGCUGCGUGGAGCACUUACGCAAGGCAUGGGUCUGAUACGCCGGAUGUGUGUUGGCCUUCAGUCAGCUCGUUCAGAAGUGGCAGUUAUCGAGGCGCUUGAGCGCGCAGCCCAGCGUCUGGACAACCGAACAGAAAAUGAAGACACAGCCUCUGGUGAAUCGGGCGUCGGAUACAACCAGUUUAGGCGCUGGGCUAUGCUAUGGCAAUCCGAGACCCCUCCAUCCAAUGUAGGAGACGAAUCUGAACACAUUGUGCUCGAAAAUGCACAAUUGCCAACCGGAUCUUUUGACGGAUUCUUUUCUUCCUUUCCCCAGGAGCUUGGAGCUUUUGCAUCUUUUCCAGAAACAGGGAUGCAGUUUGGCGAAAACUUGCCAACCAUGCUAUGGCCUGAUGACUUAUCACUACCAGCGUUCCCUCCAAACCCGAAUGCUCCCAUUUGA